AUGUCCGUUUCUUUCUCUCCUCGCGUUGCCGUGGCCGCUCGCGCGCUGCGCCCGCAAUUUCUAUCCGCCUCCAGAUCCUCCGCGCCGGGUGUCGUACGAUUCAGAAGAUGCGCCUCUUCCGCUACCAUCAGUCAAACACCCACCGACAAUGAGGCUCUGCUAUCGACAUCACGCAGCAAUGGCGAGCCGCGUACUCCAUUGAGCAAGGAGCAGAAGGACUACCUUGACAGCGCUCUGCGCGUCAACCAAGCAGGCGAGCUCGCCGCCGUUCUCAUUUACCUUUCCCAGACCCCGCCCAUCAUUAAAGCCCAUCCCAAACUCCGCCCGUUGAUGAAGCACAUGCUUGAGCAAGAGGAAGGUCACUUUCACCAGUUCAACCACCUCAUUGCCAAACACCGCAUAAGACCAACGGCCAUGUACCCGGUAUGGAAGGCCGCAGCAACAAUUCUGGGAUGGGGCACAGGAGUCAUGGGUCGCGAGGCCGCAAUGGCUUGUACGGAGGCCGUGGAGACGGAGAUUGGCUCGCAUUACAACGAGCAGGUCGCCAAGCUGCUGGAAUGGGAAAAACAGUUGACUGCAAAGGGCGAGCAGCUAAGCCCGGAUUUGCAGGUACUGCUACAGGACCUGCGCCGGAUUCGUGAUGAGGAGCUAGAGCAUCUGGAUCAUGCGGUUGAAAACGAUGCAAAGGAGGCUAGGCCAUACGAGCUGCUUACCAACGUCAUCCGUGGAGGAUGCAGGGCUGCUAUUUGGGUAUCAGAGCGUGUCUGA